GUAUUUGUAGCCAGACAAAUUACACAAAAGGAAUGCGAAUAUUGUAGCCUAUGCCUCAUCACAAAGUUACUGUGCGGAAUUUAAAAGUAGGCCUAGGCUAUAUAUAAACUAGCUCACUUCCUUUGGGUAAUUUGCAGAGCUGGCGGAAGUAGCCUACGUCAGUUAUCUCGGCUCUCUGAGGCUUUUAUUGCACACUAAUUUCAGAUGUAGGGAAAAGAGGGGAGAGUAGAUUUGAAUCACCCCCUGUCGCUUUAAGGACACUUAUCAAAGCUUUGCAUAUAUGCGAAAGGGAAAAAUACGAUGAGCCACGAGCAACUGAGCAACCAAGGACGGAAUUCAGCAGUGGAUUGAUGUUUAAUAACUUACACGGGCCUGGAAUAGCUGAUGCCUUUGCCUUAUGGGGUUUGAUCAUAUACAGUGGAUUGUUGUAUGCUGAAGUCGCUAAACGGAUGAUCAUUUGGAAAAUAUUGCGCAUAAGUAGCGAGAGAUUUGGAGAUCCCUGCCCUCGUGGAUUUUAUCGCGCAAAGGUUUAGCCCAACGGUGGAACUUGUCAGAUGAAUAUGGUUAACCGUUGAAACACGCUAAUAGCCUACAGAGAGGAUUAUCAACUUAUGUAGCCUAUUAUCUUAUCCAUUAUUGAUAAGCACCUAAUACGCAUUUUGACCGAUAUUAUCUAGACUCUUUUUUUUUGACAGCGGAUCAUGGAUUGGGUGGUGGAAAACAACGGGCAGCGACAUGAUUUCUCUGCGCUGUCUGCGGUAUUCAGCUAUUAACAUUGUGUUAUUCCAAUGCAACAAAGUUGCAAAGGAAGUGGAGUGCAUAAAUUGUAACUAUUUCGCUGUUUUGCACCUGCUUAUGUGAAGAACGCGUCGACGUUACAGUAUCUAAUCGCUUAAAAUACGUGAGGAUUUGCAUCGCUUCUUCCUCGCCCGCAUGGAAUAUUUGAACAUUUGUUUAUUGUAUUCGGGAGGUUUAUAUUCAAGGUCAUUCCGUGAAUCGGAUUACUUAUAGAGGUAUUAUUUAUACCUCCGUAUCUACUAGUGAUAACACUAUAGUUUAUCAUUUCGGUUGGCCGCACAGGGAAUCCGCUUUACGUUAGGUGAUUUAUAGUGAUUUUGUCAUUGCAACAUUUCUAAAAUGGAUGGAAAAUUGAAGCAGAGCCGGAGAUCCCGUUCCAAACGUGAGAGGGUACGGAGACGGGAGGCAUUGGGCAAGGAUGCCCGCAGUCCGAAACCUUCGUCUUGUUCAGAUAGGGAGCAAAGUCCUGGGAGGGAUCUCGUCUCCCAGAAUGGUAAAAAGUCUCCACACUCAACACCCUCUGCCAGAACCUCGCGCCCCCCUCGUCGAAAGAGACGAGAAUCCAGUUCUCAAGAAGAGGAUAUCAUUGAUGAAUUUGCCAUUGCCAGUUUCGUCAGCCUGGACUGUCUGGAGAAGAAGACUGGGGCCCUGAAGUCUCAGGAGCGGAAGGAGAAGGAGAAGGAGAGGUGGAGAGAGGAGAAGCAGCAGGAGACGGUGGUGAAGAGACAGAAGGAGAAGGAGGAGGAGGAGGAGGAGAACGUCAUGCCCACUUCUCUGGACCCCCUGGAGAACGGCUUCAUCAACCACGCCCAGAGAGAGCAGGAGAGGAUGAACGACAGACUGCUGAAGAAAACCUACUCCAAGAAGAACAAACAGAUCAAGGCCCUGCAGGUACGCCCAGUGAAGCUGGAUGAGGUUGGGGCCAUGCAAGAGUUCAACAGACCCAACAGGAGCAUCUCUAAAGAGCACCUCAGUGAGAGCUCCACUCACUCGCUGUCAGGCCGGGGCUACUCGUUCACUUCUUUAAAAAGAGACGAGCACCCGUUUGGGAGACAUGAGUGUGACAGUGAGAGUGACGUUGAUGACAAGGUAUCUGACGUAGGAUCCGAGAAACUAUUUUCCCCCACUACACCCAAAGGUGUGUCAACGAAUGAGAAUUCCGAGUCCAAGACUGUCAGCUCGGCCAAAGUCUCUGGGCUCCAGCGUAGCCAGGAGCAGAGUAACGAGGUGCCCUUCGCCCCGCCCGUGUCCAGCCCCACCCCGGCCUCCCCGCCUUCGGGCUCCCCUGCCCCUGCUGCCACCGCGGCAGGGCCCCCUCAGCCCCUCCCCAAGGCGCAGCUCACCACCCCGCCCCCCCUCCUCAUCAAGAGAGAGUCGGAUCGGGUGCCGCCCAUCCCCAGAUUCCCCACCCCUCCCCUGCUGAGGGCCCAGCCCCACCCUCUCCAGGAGCACCGGGUCCCCGUCUCGCUCCCUCCCCCCCAGCACCAACACCACGCCAGGCCUCUCAUCAACCACCAAGUGCACCAGCAUCACCCGCUGCAUUACAACAGCCUGCACGACAUCAGCGGCGACAGUGCAGGCCUCCCCAAACACCACCACCUGCCCCCCUCUCCCCACCACCUGCCCCCUCUCCCCACCACCUGCCCCCCUCUCCCCACCACCUGAGCGGCCUCCCCUCCUCCACCCCGGCCCUGCCCCU